CAUAAUCAGACCAACCAUAUAGAGAGAGAGAGAGAGGCAUAUUGACUUUCCACACCAACGUGCGUCCAUGCAAAUGAGCCCUUUCGCUUUGCCAAACGCACACGCAGAAAUCAACACACAUGAUUCUUCAUCUUCAACGUUACGGAUUGAUGAUCAUCCGCCGCCGCAAGUCAACAAAAACCCGAAAUGGUUCCGACUCAUCCGUAACUAUCUACCAGAAAAGAGAAUUCAAGUCGGCUUCCUCAACAUUGACCAGAAAGAGCGUGAGAGGUACGAGGCUCGUGGACCGUUGAUACUAAAGAGCAUCCACGUGCCGCUUGAUCCUAUACCAAAGAAUGUUACUUGGAAGAGUCUUUACCCGGAGUGGAUCAACGAGGAAGCUUCUAACUGUCCAGAGAUCCCUCUCCCUCAGCCAGAAGGUUCUGAUGCUAACGUGGACGUUAUUGUUGCUAGAGUUCCAUGCGAUGGUUGGUCGGAGAAUAAAGGGCUAAGGGAUGUUUUUAGGCUUCAGGUUAACUUAGCCGUUGCGAAUCUAGCUGUCCAAAGUGGGUUGAGGAGAGUUGAUCAGGCGGUGUACGUUGUGUUCAUCGGGUCAUGUGGCCCUAUGCAUGAGAUUUUCCCGUGCGAUGAGCGCGUGAGGCGCGUGGAUGAUUAUUGGGUGUAUAAGCCUUAUCUCCCAAGGUUGAAGCAGAAGCUUCUCAUGCCUGUUGGUUCAUGUCACAUUGCUCCUCCAUUUGCUCAAUUUGGCCAAGAGGCAUGGAGACCAAAACAUAAAGAUAAUCUUGUAUCCGAGGCGGUCACAGCCUUACCCCGUCCCUUACGGGUCGCCUUCAUAACAGUACUACACUCUUCAGAAGCCUAUGUUUGUGGGGCAAUAGCCUUAGCGCAAAGUAUAAGACAAUCAGGAUCGCAUAAGGAUAUGAUUCUCCUCCAUGAUCAUACCAUAACCAACAAGUCUCUUAUUGGUCUCAGCGCUGCAGGAUGGAAUCUCCGGCUAAUCGACAGAAUCCGCAGUCCUUUUUCGCAAAAAGACUCUUAUAAUGAGUGGAACUACAGCAAAUUACGUGUGUGGCAAGUAACUGAUUACGACAAACUUGUGUUCAUAGACGCAGAUUUAAUCAUUCUCAAGAAAAUUGAUUAUCUCUUCUACUAUCCACAACUCUCAGCUUCAGGCAACGACAAAGUGUUAUUCAACUCCGGAAUCAUGGUUCUCGAGCCAUCGGCAUGUAUGUUUAAAGAUUUAAUGGAGAAAUCGUUCAAGAUUGAGUCAUACAACGGAGGAGACCAAGGCUUCCUUAAUGAGAUAUUUGUAUGGUGGCACAGGCUAUCAAAACGUGUGAACACAAUGAAGUACUUCGGCGAAAAAAGUCAACGAAAACACGAUCUUCCAGAGAAUCUAGAAGGACUGCACUACUUGGGGUUGAAGCCAUGGGUAUGUUUUAGAGACUAUGAUUGCAAUUGGGACAUCAGCGAACGACGCGUGUUUGCUAGCGAUUCUGUGCACGAAAAAUGGUGGAAAGUAUAUGACAAAAUGUCAGAUCAGUUGAAGGGUUAUUGUGGUUUGAAUAAGAAUAUGGAGAAGAGGAUUGAGAAGUGGAGAAGAAUUGCUAAGAACAAUAGUUUGCCUGAUAGGCAUUGGGAGAUUGAAGUGAGAGAUCCUAGGAAGACGAACCUUCUUGUUCAGUGAGAGGGUUAUGGCUUUUUGAUUUUUGUUGAAGGUUUUAAGGAAAUUUGGGAACUGAGAAAUGAAGAACCUUCUAAUUCAAGAAAGGGUUUCGCUUUAG